GCGCGGAGGCUGCGGUGCGGCGCUCGCGCUCCUCGGGCUCGGCGGCGCGGCGGCGGCGGCGGUGGCGGCGGCUUCGCGCCGAGUCCCCCAGGGAGCGGCGGCGGCGUCUCGCGGCCGCGAGGAGCGAGCACCUGCUGGGGCCCGCUCGCCCGCCGGCGCUGGGCUCUGGAAGCUCUGGGAUGGAGCAGGUGUGCAGAGGGUGAGGACCCUGCUGUGGGACCACAUCACUUGUUUCCUUUCAUAGCGAGACCAUUAGCUUGAUCAGAUUCAGCCUGGGAUGAGGAUGUCUGUGGACCUCUUGCUGCUGUUCCCCAUCUGGGGGAGGACCUUUCUCCUUCUGCUCUCUGUGGCUGGGGCUCAGUCCCACUGGCCUAGUGAACCUUCGGAGGCUGUCAGAGACUGGGAGAACCAGCUUGAGGCAUCCAUGCACUCGGUGCUCUCAGACCUCCACGAGGCUGUGCCCACAGUGGUUGGCAUUCCUGAUGGCACAGCUGUCGUGGGACGCUCAUUUCGAGUGACCAUUCCAACAGAUUUAAUUGCCUCCAAUGGAGAACUUAUCAAGGUUUCAGCUGCGGGGAAGGAGGCCUUGCCAUCCUGGCUGCACUGGGACCCACAGAGCCACACCCUAGAGGGCCUCCCCCUUGACACCGAUAAGGGUGUCCAUUACAUCUCGGUGAACGCCGCCCGGCUUGGGGCCAAUGGGAGCCACGUGCCCCAGAGCUCUAGUGUGUUCUCUAUAGAGGUCUACCCUGAAGACCACAGCGAGCCACAGUCUAUGCGCGCAGCAUCCCCAGACCCAGGUGAAGUGGCAUCAACUGCCUGUGCUGCUGACGAGCCUGUGACAGUCCUGACGGUAAUUCUGGACGCUGACCUCACUAAGAUGACCCCAAAGCAAAGGAUUGACCUCCUGCACAGGAUGCGGAGCUUCUCAGAAGUGGAGCUUCACAACAUGAAGUUGGUACCGGUUGUGAACAACAGACUGUUUGAUAUGUCGGCUUUCAUGGCCGGCCCAGGAAAUGCAAAAAAGGUGGUAGAGAAUGGGGCUCUGCUCUCUUGGAAGCUGGGCUGCUCCCUGAAUCAGAAUAGUGUGCCUGACAUUCAUGGCGUGGAGGCCCCUGCCAGGGAGGGUGCUAUGUCUGCCCAGCUUGGCUACCCUGUAGUGGGUUGGCACAUAGCUAACAAGAAGCCUCCUCUCCCCAAACGUAUCCGGAGGCAGAUCCAUGCCACACCCACACCUGUCACUGCCAUCGGACCCCCAACUACUGCAGUCCAGGAGCCCCCGUCUAGAAUUGUGCCCACCCCCACAUCUCCAGCCAUUGCUCCACCAACAGAGACCAUGGCUCCUCCAGUCAGGGAUCCUGUUCCCGGGAAGCCUACUGUCACCAUUCGGACUCGAGGAGCCAUUAUUCAGACCCCAACCCUGGGCCCAAUCCAGCCCACUCGAGUGUCAGAAGCUGGCACCACAGUGCCUGGCCAGAUUCGCCCAACAAUGACCAUUCCCGGUUAUGUGGAGCCCACAGCAGUCGUUACCCCUCCCACCUCUACUACCAAGAAGCCACGAGUGUCCACACCCAAACCAGCCACCCCUUCAACUGACUCCUCAGCCACCACAACUCGAAGGCCAACCAAGAAACCACGGACACCUCGGCCAGGGCCCCGGGUCACCACCAAAGCACCCAUCACCAAACUGGAAACUGCCUCCCCGCCUACUCGCAUCCGUACCACCACCAGUGGGGUGUCCCGGGGAGGAGAGGCCAACCGGCGCCCAGAGCUCAAAAACCACAUUGACAGGGUUGAUGCCUGGGUCGGCACCUACUUUGAGGUAAAGAUCCCCUCCGACACCUUCUAUGACUUUGAGGACACCACCACUGACAAGCUGAAGCUCACGCUGAAGCUUCGAGAGCAGCAGCUAGUGGGCGAGAAGUCCUGGGUACAGUUCAAUAGCAACAGUCAGCUUAUGUAUGGCCUGCCCGAUAGCAGCCAUGUGGGCAAGCACGAGUAUUUCAUGCAUGCCACAGACAAAGGGGGCCUUUCGGCUGUGGAUGCCUUCGAGAUCCAUGUCCACAAGCGCCCACAAGGGGACAAGGCUCCUGCUCGGUUCAAGGCCAGGUUUGUGGGUGACCCAGCCCCGGUGCUGAAUGACAUACACAAGAAGAUUGCCCUAGUGAAGAAGCUGGCCUUUGCCUUUGGGGACCGCAACUGUAGCACCAUCACACUGCAGAAUAUCACCCGGGGCUCCAUCGUGGUGGAAUGGACCAACAACACCCUGCCCCUCGAGCCCUGUCCCAAGGAGCAGAUCACAGGGCUCAGCCGCAGGAUCGCUGAGGAUGACGGCAAGCCUCGGGCCGCUUUCUCCAAUGCCCUGGAGCCUGACUUCAAGGCCAUGAACAUUACUGUGGUGGGUGCCGGCAGCUGUCGGCACCUGCAGUUCAUCCCUGUGGCACCCCCGCGGAGGAUACCUUCUGUGGCCCCGACCACAGAGGUCACAGACAGGGAUCCUGAGAAGAGCAGUGAGGAUGACGUCUAUCUGCAUACGGUCAUCCCCGCCGUGGUAGUGGCGGCCAUCCUACUCAUUGCGGGCAUCAUUGCCAUGAUCUGCUAUCGCAAGAAGCGGAAGGGCAAGCUCACCCUCGAGGACCAGGCCACCUUCAUCAAGAAGGGGGUGCCCAUCAUCUUUGCGGAUGAGCUGGAUGACUCCAAGCCGCCCCCCUCCUCCAGCAUGCCACUCAUCCUGCAAGAGGAGAAAGCGCCCCUCCCCCCUCCUGAGUACCCCAACCAGAGUGUGCCCGAGACCACGCCCCUGAACCAGGACAGUGUGGGAGAGUACACGCCCCUGCGGGAUGAGGACCCCAACGCUCCUCCCUACCAGCCUCCCCCUCCCUUCACAGCUCCCAUGGAGGGCAAGGGCUCUCGUCCCAAGAACAUGACCCCAUACCGGUCACCCCCUCCCUACGUCCCCCCUUAACCCACAAGCGCCUGGGUGGAGGCAGGGGUAGGGCAGGGCCCUGGAGACAACCCAGUGUUGUCUGUGGAGACCAGUGGCCUGCAGACCAUCACCCACUGGGAGCCGACACCUGACCUAGCACACACUGACACAGGGCCUGGACAAGCCCGCCCUCUCUGGUCCUCCGAAACCCCAAAGCAGCUGGAGAGACUUUGGGGAAUAUUUUUACUUUUUUUUUUUUUUUGGCCUAACAGCUUUUUGUUUGUUCAUAGAAAAUUCUUCGCUGCGUUUUUGAUGGCUGGCUCUGAAAGCACUGUUUGGAGGAGAGGUAGACGGCGGGAGCGAGGAACCGUGAAUGAACUCGCAGGCAGUGCUGGGUGGCCUCCCGGCUCUCUGCGUUUUGCCUUUAACACUAACUGUACUGUUUUUUCUAUUCACGUGUGUCUAGCUGCAGGACGUAACAUGGAGAAUAGUAGCUAAAGUUUAAGUUCAAAGGACUUUCAGAAGUUAAGGUUAAGUUUUUACAUUUAAUCUGCUGUUUACCUAAACUUGUAUGUAUAAUUUUUGGGUGGGUAUGGGGAAUUGCUUUGCUAAAAAUAAGCUCCCAGGGUGUUUCAAACUUAGAGAAGACCAAGGGACAGUAUUUUUUAUCAAAGGAAUCCUAUUUUUUCACACUACGAAACUUGGUUGCUCUGAUACCCCAGAGCUUGCCUGGGGGCCUCCGGCCCUGGUGCUGGGCUUGCUCUCCUGCUGCUGCCAGGGGUGGAAGCUGGAGGGGCCUCUUGGGCCGUGGACAUCCACACCCUCACCCCAUGCACGCUAGCGGCUCGCUAUCAAGGGGUCUUUAUUUCCAUGGAAAGGGGACUCCAACAGGCUAGUGGUGGCCGUGGCCCCCAACCUAGGUGCUCCAAGGUGGGCCAGCUGCUUGUGGGGCGGGGUGCUGGGGGGUCGAGGAACUCGACCACAUCCACUUACUUUUGUUUCUCCUUCUUCUGUGUGUUUUUUCCCCUCCUUAAAGGAAAAUUGUGGUUUUUGAAACACUCAGUGGGGGACAUUUUGGUGAAGAUGCAAUAUUUUUAUGUCAUGUGAUGCUCUUUCCUCACUUGACCUCGGCCACUUUGUCCCAACAGUCCACAGUCCCUCCCUGGCCCCCCCACCCCCCCUACCCCUGCCCCCUCCUGGCACCCCAGUCCCAGGCCUUGGGCCUGAAUGGCUGGAAAGGUCCGGACUGGGGAGGAGUGCCAGCAAUAGUUCAUAGUGAAAUUCUGUGGGCUCUCAAAGCUGAUUUUUUACUAAAGUUUUUAUACAGCCUCAAAUUGUUUUAUUAAAAAAAAAAGAUUAAAAAUGGUGAUGCUUCCAGCAGUUUGUACAAAGCUCUUAGUGCUGAUCACAUGGAACUGACGGCUUCGCUCAUUUUGAUUUUUUUACCCUCUUUUCCUAAUGGCUUAAAUUCUGGAAUUACACUGGGACUUCUUUUGCCUUUUUUUUUUUUUAAGCAGAAUGUCCGUCUGUCCAUCUGCAUCUCUGUCCUGUGACUCAGGGGUGCCCACUCUGCUUUGAUUCUCCUCCUUUGGAAGAAACCAUUUUGAGCAUGACUUUUCUUGAUGUCUGGGAGUUAUUUUGGUUACCUCUUGGGGAGGAAUGCCUUUUGCAAUAAUGUAUCCCUUCCGUGGUAGAGGACAGGUGGGUGGACCCAGGUUCCUUUUGCACACCAAGCAGCCACUUCUAAGCCAUAUCGAACCAUUUUUGCCGGAUUCGUAUGUUGCCUCAGGAGGGGAGGGCGGCUACAGGGAGGCGUUCUCACCUCGUUCCUCUCAGAGGGCAUAUCCCCUCGCGCCUGCUCCCCUGGGGCCUACUUGUUCCUCCUGCCUGGCCCCAAUAGGGUACACAGAUGAGCAGUGCCUCAGUUGCGGGGAGCCUGUAGGUGGAGCUCUGGUGACAGGGGCCUUGUUCUUCCGUGCCCUGGGCCAAACCAGAAUUUUCCCAGUGCCCCAGAGUCUACAGCACAGAGGAUCUGACCUGGUGAGAUUAUUUCUGAUGACCUGGUCAGAAAUUAAACAACUCUCAGUGUUCCAGGUGAGGCCUCUGAAAGGCCUUCCACACAGCUCUGUUGUCCUUAGCAACCUCACCAUCGGACACUGCCACGCGGUCACAGAGACGUGGCUGGCCCAGAAUGGCCUGUUGCCGUAGCAACUGGAGGUGCUGGGGCAGUGAACAGAAUAACAACAGCAACAAUGCCCUUGGAGGCAGCCUGCCCCCCUGAGCGCUGGGCUGGCGAUGGCUGUGGACUCUGUGAGACAGAGAGCCAAUCUCACAUUCAAGUGUUCACCAACCACUGACGUGUUUUUAUUUCCUUCUUUAUGAUUUUAAGAUGUGUUUUCUGCAUUCUGUAUAGAAACAUAUCAAACUAAAUAAAAAGCAGUGUCUUUAUUACAA